AUGCUUCUACAGUUGUUAUUGAUUUUAUUUGCAUUUAUACUGCGGUCAAUUCAUGCUGCAGAAGUAUCUGGAAUAUUCACGAGUUUCAAUUCACUUACUUGGGCGGGAGACUCGGCGCUAACUCAAGCUCCAAAUAAUCCUACUUGGACAGCCGUAUUAGGUUGGAAUAUGGAUGGAACUAAAGUUAAUCCUGGAGAUACUUUUACAUUAACUAUGCCAUGUGUAUUCAAAUUCAUUACUAGUCAAACUUCAGUUGAUUUAGUUGCACAAGGAGCAACUUAUGCUACGUGUAAUUUGAAUCCUGGUGAAUUAAUUGUUUCUUAUUCAACACUUACUUGUACAGCUAGUUCAGCUAUUACACCUGCAAAAGUUGCAACUGGAACAGUGUCAAUUCCUUUGGAAUUUAAUGUUGGUGGAUCAGGUAAUUAUGUUGAUCUUCAAGACGCUUCUUGUUUUUCAGGAGUUGGUACAAAUACAGUUUCUUUCUACGAUGGUUCAAAUCAACUUUCAACUUCAGUUGUAUUUGCAGGUCCUGGAAGCGAUGCAGUACUCGGAUACAAUUUUGUGAGAUCCAUUCCAUCAUUAAACAAAGAACAACUUUAUAUAGCUGCUCCGAAAUGUUCAAAUGGUUAUAGUAGUGGUACAAUUGGUUUCGUUGCAGCUCCUGGUCAGACGAUUGACUGUUCAAAUUGGCACGUUGGUUUCGCACCUGGGGGUCUCAAUGCAUGGAAUUAUCCAAAAAGUUUCAUCACUGAUUAUAUUGUCACACAAUCAUGUUCAUCAAGUCAGUUACUUGUUACUUAUAAAAAUGUUCCAGCUGGUUAUCAAGCUUUUGCUGACACGUUCUAUAACACUCCAAAUGGCGUUAAUGUUAAAUUUACUAUGAAAAAUACUGCACAAUGUGUAGAUUUAAGCUAUGCUUUAAGUGCUGGUGGGUAUAUAGAAUACCAGCCAUACGUACAAGAAUCAGCUUUUGCUAACGGGAAAGUGGUAGUAUUGACUACUAGUACAAUAACUGGUCUGAAAGCAAGUGUUACUACACUUCCAUUUAAUCCAAGUAAGGAUAAAACACAAACAAUUGAAGUUUUUCAACCUGUACCAACAGUGACAGUUACAAAUUCUCAUCUUGGUUUAUCUACAUCAUAUAGUACAAUAACCAAUACACCUGGUGCAACAGCUACAGUAUAUAUUGAUAAUCCUUAUCAUUUAACAACUACACUAACUUCAGUUUGGACGGGUCUGAGUCAGUCGGCGUCAACAAUUAUAAAUCCAUCGGACACACUAGACACAGUUAUUAUCAAUUAUCCCAUUAAUCCUACUACCACAAUCAAAUCUUUUUGGUCAAAUUCAUAUAUUUCCACAAUUACUUCAACUAAUGGACCAGGUGGAACCGAUACUAUAGUAAUUGAAUAUCCAUCUAAUCCAACAACUACAAAAUCAAUAUUUUGGUCAAGUUCAAUAACUUCUACAUCAACCACUAAAUUAGGACCUGGUAAAACAGAUACAAUAGUAAUAGACUAUCCCCCUAAUCCAACUCGGACUACAACCACCUAUUGGACAGGAUCAAGUGUAAUAACAAGCACAACUAAAAAUGGACCUGGUGGAACAGAUUACGUUGUGGCCCAAUAUCCUUCAAAUGUAGCUACUACAACCUCAGCAUUUUGGUCUGGAAACAUAUUAUCCACUACAGCUUCUUUAAAUACUCCAGGUGGUACAAAUUUGGUCAUAGUUGAAUACCCACCUAACCCAACUACAACAAUGAGUUCAUUUUACGGAGGUAAUUCAAUUGUCACUUCAACAACAACAAAUGGUGUUGGCUCCACGGAUUCAGUCGUUGUCUAUUAUCCAACUAACCCAACCACUACAGUUUCAAUAUUUUAUAAUGGACCUUCUCUAAGUACAACAACAGUCAAAAACGGUGUAGGAAGUACAGAUUCAGUUAUUGUUGAAUACCCAAUCAAUCCUACUACAACUAUUUCAACUUUCUAUAAUGGACCUUCAUUAACUACAACAACAGUCAAAAAUGGUGUAGGUAGUACCGAUUCAGUUAUUGUUGAAUACCCAAUCAACCCUACUACAACUAUUUCAACUUUCUAUAGUGGCCCUUCAUUAACUACAACAACAGUCAAAAAUGGUGUAGGUGGUACAGAUUCAGUCAUUGUUGAGUAUCCAAUCAAUCCUACUACAACUAUUUCAACUUUCUACAGUGGAGCAUCUUUAUCUACAACAACAGUCAAAAAUGGUGUAGGAAGUACCGAUUCAGUUAUUGUUGAAUACCCAAUCAACCCUACUACAACUGUUUCAACUUUUUACAAUGGUCCUUCAUUAACUACAACAACAGUCAAAAAUGGUGUAGGUAGUACCGAUUCAGUUAUUGUUGAAUACCCAAUCAACCCUACUACAACUAUUUCAACUUUCUAUAGUGGCCCUUCAUUAACUACAACAACAGUCAAAAAUGGUGUAGGUGGUACAGAUUCAGUUAUUGUUGAGUAUCCAAUCAAUCCUACUACAACUAUUUCAACUUUCUACAGUGGAGCAUCUUUAUCUACAACAACAAUCAAAAACGGUGUAGGAAGUACAGAUUCAGUUAUCGUUGAAUACCCAAUCAAUCCUACUACAACUGUUUCAACUUUUUACAAUGGUCCUUCAUUAACUACAACUACAAUCAAAAACGGUGUAGGAAGUACAGAUUCAGUUAUCGUUGAAUACCCAGUCAAUCCUACAACAACUGUUUCAACAUUUUACAGUGGUCCUUCAUUAACUACAACAACAGUCAAAAAUGGAGUCGGUAGUACAGAUUCAGUUAUCGUUGAGUACCCAAUCAAUCCUACAACAACUGUUUCAACUUUUUACAAUGGUCCUUCAUUAACUACAACUACAGUCAAAAAUGGUGUAGGUAGUACAGAUUCAGUUAUUGUUGAAUACCCAAUCAAUCCUACAACAACUGUUUCAACUUUCUACAAUGGUCCUUCAUUAACUACAACUACAAUCAAAAACGGUGUAGGAAGUACAGAUUCAGUUAUCGUUGAGUACCCAAUCAAUCCUACAACAACUGUUUCAACAUUUUACAAUGGUCCUUCAUUAACUACAACAACAGUCAAAAAUGGUGUAGGAAGUACAGAUUCAGUUAUUGUUGAGUAUCCAGUCAAUCCUACAACUACUAUAUCAACUUUUUACAAUGGUCCUUCAUUAACUACAACUACAAUCAAAAACGGUGUAGGAAGUACAGAUUCAGUUAUCGUUGAAUACCCAGUCAAUCCUACAACAACUGUUUCAACAUUUUACAGUGGUCCUUCAUUAACUACAACAACAGUCAAAAAUGGUGUAGGUAGUACAGAUUCAGUUAUUGUUGAGUACCCAAUUAAUCCUACUACAACUAUUUCAACCUUUUACAGUGGUCCUUCAUUAACUACAACAACAGUCAAAAAUGGUGUAGGUAGUACAGAUUCAGUUAUUGUUGAAUACCCAAUUAAUCCUACUACAACUAUUUCAACCUUUUACAGUGGAGCUUCAUUAACUACAACAACAGUCAAAAAUGGUGUAGGUAGUACAGAUUCAGUUAUUGUUGAAUACCCAAUCAAUCCUACAACUACUAUUUCAACUUUCUAUAAUGGUCCUUCAUUAACUACAACAACAAUCAAAAACGGAUUUGGAGGUACCGUCUCAGUGAUUGUGGAAUAUCCAUACAACCCUACUUCAACUGUCACCGAAUUCUACAAUGGAUCAUCAAUAAUUACUACCACUGUCAAGAAUGGAGUGGGCAGUACUGAUUCUGUUAUUGUGGAAUACCCAUCCAAUCCUACAAUCACCACAACAGUAUUCUGGACUGGAUCUAUGGAAAGUGUUACGCGUGAGUUCAAUAAACCAGGUGGUACCGAUGUUAUUGAAGUUUUGAUGCCUGCAAAUCCUACCGAAACUACAACACAAUUUUGGACUGGUGACUAUCAAUAUACCUCCACGCAACUGAAUAUACCAGGUGAAACGGAUAAUGUUAUUGUAUUUGACACUGCUAAUCCAACUGAAACUACAACGAAAUUUUGGACUGGCUCAUUUGCUAGUACUACUACAUAUACCAAAGCUCCAGGUCAAACUGACACUGUUGAAAUUUUCGACACAGCGAAUCCUACUGUUUAUACAACAAUAUUCUGGAAUGGUGCAUCCGAUUCAACUACAACUAUGACCAAUGCACCUGGCGGAACCGAUACAAUAAAAGUAUUGGCAGUUCAUAACCCAACAGUUACUAUGACUCAAUUUUGGAUUGGGUCAAUUACAUCAACUUCAGAACAAACCAAUACUCCUGGAGCUACUGAUUACGUAUUCGUUUUAGAGCCGUUUAAUCCUACAAUCACAACAACUGAAUUUUGGUCAGGGGACUUUGUCACCACAUCUACUGAAACAAAUGGACCAGGGAGUACUGAUAUAGUUCAUGUUUUGGAUCCUCAUAAUCCAACAGUCACUACAACAGAGUUCUGGACUGGUUUAGAAGCUACUCAAUCAACAAUCACUCAAACACCAGGUGGAACUGAUAGUGUUAUAGUUUUCAAACCUCACAAUCCAACAUUUACUACUACAGAAUUUUGGAAUGAGACUUAUAUUUCCACUUCAACAGAAACCAAUGGGCCAGAUAGUUCAGAUAUAGUUCAUGUUUUGGAUCCUCAUAAUCCAACAGUCACUACAACAGAGUUCUGGACUGGUUUAGAAGCUACUCAAUCAACAUUUACUCAAGCACCAGGUGGAACUGAUAGUGUUAUAGUUUUAAAACCUCACAAUCCUACAGUCACAUUAACUGAAUUUUGGUCAGGGGACUUUGUCACCACAUCUACUGAAACAAAUGGACCAGGAAGUACCGAUAUCGUUCAUGUUUUAGACCCUCACAAUCCAACAGUCACUACAACCGAGUUCUGGACUGGCUUAGAAGCUACUGAAUCUACAAUCACUCAAGCACCAGGGGGAACUGAUAGUGUUAUAGUUUUAAAACCUCACAAUCCUACAUUUACUACAACAGAAUUUUGGAAUGAGACUUAUAUUUCCACUUCAACAGAAACCAAUGGGCCAGAUAGUUCAGAUAUAGUUCAUGUUUUGGAUCCUCAUAAUCCAACAGUCACUACAACAGAGUUCUGGACUGGUUUAGAAGCUACUCAAUCAACAUUUACUCAAGCACCAGGUGCAACUGAUAGUGUUAUAGUUUUAAAACCUCACAAUCCUACAUUUACUACAACAGAAUUUUGGAAUGAGACUUAUAUUUCCACUUCAACAGAAACCAAUGGGCCAGAUAGUUCAGAUAUAGUUCAUGUUUUGGAUCCUUAUAAUCCAACAGUCACUACAACAGAGUUCUGGACUGGUUUAGAAGCUACUCAAUCAACAUUUACUCAAGCACCAGGUGGAACUGAUAGUGUUAUAGUUUUAAAACCUCACAAUCCUACAGUCACAUUAACUGAAUUUUGGUCAGGGGACUUUAUCACCACAUCUACUGAAACAAAUGGACCAGGAAGUACCGAUAUCGUUCAUGUUUUAGAUCCUCACAAUCCAACAGUCACUACAACCGGGUUCUGGACUGGUUUAGAAGCUACUCAAUCAACGAUAACAGAAGGACCUGGGGGUACUGAUAUGGUAUUGCUUUUGUACCCAUCUAACCCAACGAUUACUUCAACUGAGUUCUGGAAUCAAAAUUACACAACUACUUCCACUAUAACCAAUAACGUACAGGGAACUGACUAUGUUGUUAUCAAGGAUCCAAGUAACCCAUCUAUAACUGUUACUCAAACAUGGACAAAUGAUUUUACCUCGACAAUCAUAAGCACUAAUGGACCUGGCCAGACAGAUACUAUUUAUAUCGAAGUCCCAUCUGUAUCUAGUGAUUUGGCAUCCAGCUUUUCAGAUUAUAGCUCAAUUUCAUCAUCAGCCAGCUCAGAGUACAGUUCAACUAAUGAAGCUCCAUCAAGUUCAGACAACACUUCAAGUCAACAAUCAUCAUCAAUCAGCUCAGACUACAUUUCAACUAGUGAAGCUCCAUCAAGUUCAGAUUACACCUCAAGUCAACAAUCAUCAUCAAUCAGCUCAGACUACAUUUCAACUAAUGAAGCUUCAUCAAGCUCAGAUUACACUUCAAGUCAACAAUCAUCAUCAAUCGGCUCAGAUUACAGUUCAACUAAUGAAGCUUCAUCAAGUUCAGAUUACACUUCAAGUUAUCAAACAUCAUCAAUCAGCUCAGACUACACAACUUACCAAACAUCGCCGAGCUCCACAGAUAAUACCUCAAGUUUAAUAUCAUCAUCAAGCUCCAUUGAUUUUAGCUCAGAGAUCAAACCAUCAUCUUCAAUUUACAGUUCCAGUAGUGAAUUUUCAUCAAGUUUCUCAGAAUCUAGUUCAAGCUAUUCUUCCGAAACUUUUAGUUAUAAUUCGGCUGUUGAUGCUGAUUCCACAUCAUUCGACUUUACAUCAUCAAGUGUGCCAACCCAAGUCUUAAGCUCCAUUAGCGAUUUAUCAUCUUAUAGCUCGAGCGCUGAUUUAGACUCUACUACAAGCAGCACUGGUUUUGUUUAUUAUAACUCCACUACUCCAAGUCUCAGUCCAAGCUUUAGUUUAAGUUUAAGUUCUUCACCAAGUUUCAGUUCAGCAGUUGAUGCUAGUUCCACUGAGUAUUUCAAUCCAUCAAGUUUGAUUUCCUCACCAAGCUACAAUUCAGCAGUUGAUGCAGACUCUACCAUUUUUACUAAUCCAUCAAGUUUCAGUUCAUCAUCAAGUUACGAUUCAGCAGUUGAUGCUAGUUCUACUGAAUAUUUGAAUCCAUCAAGUUUGAUUUCCUCACCAAGCUACAAUUCAGCAGUUGAUGCAGAUUCUACCAUUUUUACUAAUCCAUCAAGUUUGAGUUCUUCAUCAAGUUACAAUUCAGCAGUUNCACCAAGUUUCAGUUCAGCAGUUGAUGCAAGUUCGACUGAUAAUAUCAAUUCAUCAAGUUUGAGUUCCUCACCAAGCUACAAUUCAGCAGUUGAUGCAGAUUCUACCAUUUUUACUAAUCCAUCAAGUUUGAGUUCUUCACCAAGUUUCAGUUCAGCAGUUGAUGCAAGUUCGACUGAUAAUAUCAAUUCAUCAAGUUUGAGUUCCUCACCAAGCUACAAUUCAGCAGUUGAUGCAGAUUCUACCAUUGUUAUUAAUUCAGCAAGUUUGAGUUCAUCAUCAAGUUACAAUUCAGCAGUUGAUGCAAGUUCUACUGAUUAUCCAUCAAGUUUGAGUUCCUCACCAAGUUACAAUUCAGCAGUUGAUGCAGAUUCUACCAUUGUUACUAAUCCAUCAGCAUCAAAAAUUAAUACUGAAAGUCUUGCCUCAUCUUUUUCCACAAUUCAAUUAUCAUUACUUUCCUCAACUACCCUGACUCAACCACGUUCUUCAAUUUAUGGACCAUAUGGAAAUUCGAGUACUCAAGCUCCAACUUUAGUUUCUAGUUCCACCUACUUAGAGACUUCGGACUAUCCAUCAACUGAAGUUGAAACCCCAGCCACCAUCAUCGAUUCUUCAACAUAUUUGGAAGGAGCAACUACCACACCAAUUGUUAAUACUGAAUCAAUCCCACCAUCAAUUUUUACAAAGGAAACACAAUCUCCGAAUGAAAACAGUUCUGAUAUUCCUACCUUAGAAUCUCAAUCGGAAACAAAAGACGGUGAUACUUCACCAAAUACCAUUGCAAAUGUUCCUGCUACUACUACAGCAGCUCAAAGUGCGUCAACUAAUGGUGAGGAAGGGGAUAAUACUUCCACUCAAACUGGAUCACAAGUCACACCAGAAAACUCACCAGUAUUACCUUUGAACACUGAAAUUCCAAACACUUCAAAUCCACUUCCACCAACUACAUCUGCCAAUUCGGAAUUAGCUCAAGAAACCAAUUCAAGUACGCCAUCAUCUCAAGAACCUUCAACUAAUGAACAAAAUUCUAGCAUAGAACCUACAACAGCUUCAAGUUUGAAUCCUGAUGCUGCUAGCUCAGACAAUGCUCAAGGAAAUGCUUCUAAUUCAGAUCUGUCUAUUAAUGGUAACAGUUCUUCCCCACUGAACGUUUCUAAUGAGUCCGGUGGCUCAAACAGUGUUAAUGGCUCAAACAAUGCUAAUGGCUCAGACAAUUCUUCUUCAUCAGGUGAUCUGAAUAGUUCGAUAGACUCGAAUGGUACAAAUAAUUCAAACGGUUCAAAUAGUGGUACAAAUAAUUUAAACGGUUCAAAUAGUGGUGUCAAUAACUCAAAUGGAUCUAAUAACUCAAAUGGUUCUAAUAAUUCAAAUGGAUCUAAUAAUUCAAAUGGAUCUGAUAACUCAAAUGCAUCUAAUAAUUCAAAUGGUUCUAAUAAUUCAAAUGGAUCUAAUGAUUCAAAUGGAUCAAAUAAUUCAAAUGGAUCUAAUAAUUCAAAUGGAUCUAGUAAUUCAAAUGGAUCUAAUAAUUCAAAUGGUUUGGAUAAUCCAACUGAUUCAACUCCAAUUAAUACAAACGGUCCUGAAGACUUACAAUCUACUCAAACUGAAGUUGUUAAACCAUCAUCAUCUUCUACAGGUUACACAUUUAAUACAUCAUCAGCUUCACAAACAUAUUCAAUACCUGCUCAACAAUCAACAGGUACUAGUUCAUUAUCAUUACCUUCAUCAUCAUCAUCGAUAACUCCUAUCAAUACUUAUGAAGGUAAAAGUUCAAAAUCAAUAAUUUCAAAAUGGUUAUUAAGUUUAACUAUUUUGAUAAUUUUAUUUAGUUAA